CUCUCUGUUUGCCUCUCAUCACGCUUCAAAGUCGUAUCCUUUCGUGAAUCUUUUGGUUGGGAAUCCGAUUCAUUUGAAACUGGGAUCUGGAGCUCAUCUUAUUUGAAACUUAAAAAAAAAAAGAAGUGAUUCUCAGUUCUUUCUUUCUUUCUUUCAUGUCUCUACCAAUGAUUGCUAUGUGUUGUUGGGGGUUUACCUUUUGUAGUUAAUUCAUUUUUCUGAUUUGAUUCCGGAGAAACGAAACAUUGUGUGGUCGGUCGGUCUUUCAUGUAAAUAGAAUUGUAGUUACAAACCUCUGAGGAUUCUCUUAACAGGCCGCAUAAUAAAUAAAUAAAAAAAUCUCACUUGAACAAUGUCUGUUGGGAGAUCUUAAACAUGGAGCUGGAGUUUGUCUAAAAGAGCUAAUAACAUUGUUGCACCGCUUUUCUAGACUCUUACCAUGUCGAGGACGAGGACUGCUGCUUCUGAGGCUCACGAUUCGAUGGAAUCUGAGGAAAGGGUAGACCUUGAUCCCGAGGAGACUCUUGAGGAGGAGUAUGAGUACGAAGAAGUUGAAGAAGAGGAGGAGGUUGAAGAGGAGAUUGAAGAAGAGGUGGAAGUUGAAGAGGACGAGGACGAAGAAGAAGAAGAAGAAGAAGAAGGAGGAGAAAAGAAAAAGCAUGAUGAGCUCUUGGCUCUUCCUCCUCAUGGCUCUGAGGUUUAUCUUGGUGGGAUUCCUACUGACGCCUCUGAAGGGGACUUGAAGGGCUUCUGUGAGUCCAUAGGCGAAGUUACUGAGGUUAGGAUAAUGAGGGAAAAGGAGUCUGGGGAAGGAAAGGGGUACGCGUUUGUAACGUUUAGAAACAAGGACUUGGCUUCUGAAGCAAUCGAUACUCUUAAUAACACUGAGUUCAAGGGUAAGAGGAUAAAGUGUUCGACUACGCAAGCCAAGCACCGUCUCUUUCUUGGCAAUGUUCCUAGAAGCUGGACAGAGUCGGACAUUAAGAAAACGGCAAGUGGAGUUGGUCCUGGCGUUCAAAAUGUCGAACUCCCAAAGGAUCCACAAAACGUGGGCCGGAAUCGUGGAUAUGCUUUCGUAGAGUACUACAACCAUGCAUGUGCUGAAUACUCCAAACAAAAGAUGUCAGAUCCGAGUUUCAAGCUUGAUGAUAAUGCCCCUACUGUAAACUGGGCUGAGUCGAGGAAUGGAGGAGGAGGAGACUCUUCUGCUACUCAGGUUAAGGCAUUGUACAUCAAGAACUUGCCUAGAGAUAUAACACAAGAGCGUCUAAAGUCAUUAUUCGAACAUCAUGGGAAGAUCCUGAAAGUGGUCAUACCACCAGCAAAACCAGGGAAGGAAGACAGUAGAUAUGGUUUUGUGCACUACGCGGAGAGGACAAGCGUCAUGAAAGCUUUGAAAAACACUGAAAGAUACGAGAUUGAUGGUCAAACGUUGGAUUGUACUCUUGCAAAGCCUCAAGCGGAUCAAAAGGCGAAUACAACAACAGGUCAGAACAUGCAGAACUCACUGUUGCAACCAAACUAUCCUCCUCUUCUUGGUUAUGGCAUGGCUCCGAGUCCCUUCGGUGCUCUUGGUGGAUUUGGCGCUUCUCCUUACCCACAACCGUUAAUGCAUGCGGGAGGUCAUGCAGCUGGUGGGAUGGCGAUGAUGCCAAUCAUGUUACCCGAUGGAAGAAUCGGCUACGUCUUACAACAGCCUGGACUAGCAGCAGUGCCACAACCUCCACCAAGGCAUUCACCACCGUAUAGGGGAAGCGGUUCCAGCAGCAGUAGCAGCAGCAAAAGAAGUAGCAGCGACAAUGGUAGAGGAAGAAGCCGUUACAAUCCUUAUUAGUGAUUUCAUCAUUUGCUUUUCAUUCUGGAAAAACACCCCCCAGUCAACUCCCCCAAAACAAAAGUCAGUUUUAACUUUUAAGCAUUAUGUUUUUUUUCCUCUUCUUUCUGGUACAUGUGGUUUUGUAAUAUUAUUUGUUUACAGUAUUUAUGUUUUUAUCCUUUUCCAAUUA